AUGUCUUUGGAGCACGAGAAAGAUCCAGGAUGGCAAUAUUUGAAGAGAAGUCGUGAGCAAAUGCUCGAAGUAAGAAUUAUUUAAACUUGAAUUAUUGAUUAUAAUUCUAUUAUGAAUUCUAGGACCAAUCUCGUCCAUACGACUCCAAGAAAAACGUCUGGAUUCCAGAUGCUGAAGAAGGUUAUAUUGCUGGAGAAAUUAAAGGACCAGGACCAAAAGCUGAUACUCUCAUUGUUGCUGCUGGAGGAAAAGAUGUAAGUAUAUAUUUUUUUUUAAUUUUCACCAAAUCAUUUUCAGGUUACUCUCAAAAAAGAUCUCGUUCAAGAAAUGAAUCCACCAAAGUUCGAGAAAACCGAAGACAUGUCCAACUUGACUUUCCUUAAUGAUGCCUCUGUCUUAUACAAUUUGAGAGCACGUUACGCAGCUAUGCUCAUCUAUGUGAGUUAUUUCAGUGUGUAAACAUAGGCAUAAAAAAGUGGCAAAACGUUAUCAGUCUAUCCUUCCUUUGUGUACCUAAAUCCUCAAGUGGUUCCGUCAAGUGCGGGGGUGCAUACAUCGUUUUUUGAAUAUGAAAAAUCAAAAUGAAUAGGAACUGAAACUGAAACUAAAAACAGAAACAAACAAUGAGCAUACAAAUAAAUGACCAUUACAGACUUAUUCUGGACUUUUCUGUGUUGUCAUCAAUCCAUACAAACGUCUUCCAAUUUAUACCGAUUCGGUUGCCCGUAUGUUCAUGGGAAAAAGAAGAACUGAAAUGCCACCUCAUUUGUUCGCCGUUUCUGAUCAAGCUUAUCGUUACAUGUUGCAAGAUCAUGAAAAUCAAUCUAUGUUGAUUACUGGAGAAUCUGGAGCCGGUAAAACUGAAAACACCAAGAAAGUUAUCUGUUACUUCGCAACUGUCGGAGCAUCUCAAAAAUCAACAAACACAUCUGAGAAACAAGUUACCCUUGAAGAUCAAAUUGUUCAAACUAACCCAGUUCUCGAAGCUUUCGGUAACGCCAAAACUGUUCGUAACAACAACUCAUCUCGUUUCGGUAAAUUCAUCCGUAUUCAUUUCAACAAACACGGAACUCUCGCUUCCUGUGAUAUCGAACAUUGUAAGUUUAGAAACUGCAAAACAAAAACAAAGUUGAACUUGUAUAUUACAGAUCUUCUUGAGAAAUCUCGUGUCAUCCGUCAAGCUCCAGGAGAGCGUUGUUAUCACAUUUUCUACCAAAUCUUUUCUGAUUUCCGUCCAGAACUCCGUAAAGAACUCAAUUUGGAUCAACCAAUUUCUGAAUAUUGGUUUGUAGCUCAAGCUGAAUUGCUUAUCGAUGGUUAGUUUGAUCGAAUAAUUCACGGAAAUUUAUGAUGAUAAUAUUUUAGGAAUCGAUGAUACCGAAGAAUUCCAAUUGACCGACGAAGCUUUCGACAUUCUUAACUUCUCGGCAGCCGAGAAGAUGGAUUGUUACAAAUUGAUGGCCGGACACAUGCAUAUGGGUAACAUGAAAUUCAAACAACGCCCACGUGAAGAACAAGCCGAACCAGAUGGUGAAACUGAUGCUAAAAAUGCUUGUGCCAUGUUCGGAAUUGACCCAGAUCAAUUCUUGAAAGCAUUGGUAUCACCACGUGUCAAAGUCGGAACUGAAUGGGUAUCAAAAGGACAAAAUGUUGAACAAGUCCACUGGGCAAUUGGAGCUAUGGCUAAAGGUCUUUAUGCUCGUGUAUUCAAUUGGUUGGUCAAGAAAUGUAAUUUGACUCUUGAUCAAAAAGGAAUUGAUCGUGAUUAUUUCAUUGGAGUACUUGAUAUUGCUGGUUUCGAAAUCUUCGACGUAAGUUUAAGAAAAAAGUGGUGUAGAUAUUCAACAUUUAUUUUCAGUUCAACUCAUUCGAACAACUCUGGAUCAAUUUCGUCAAUGAAAAACUUCAACAAUUCUUCAAUCACCACAUGUUCGUUCUUGAACAAGAAGAAUAUGCCCGUGAAGGUAUUCAAUGGACUUUCAUCGAUUUUGGUCUUGAUUUGCAAGCUUGUAUCGAACUUAUUGAGAAGCCACUUGGUAUCAUCUCUAUGCUCGAUGAAGAAUGUAUUGUUCCAAAAGCUACUGAUAUGACUUUGGCUCAAAAACUUGUCGAUCAACAUCUUGGCAAACAUCCAAACUUCGAGAAACCAAAACCACCAAAGGGAAAACAAGGAGAAGCUCACUUUGCCAUGCGGCAUUAUGCCGGAACUGUUCGUUACAAUGUAAUGAACUGGCUCGAAAAGAACAAGGACCCCCUCAACGACACUGUUGUUACUGUCAUGAAAGCAUCAAAGAAAAACGCUUUGUUGGUGGAAAUCUGGCAAGAUUAUACAACACAAGAAGAAGCUGCCGCUGCCGCUAAAGGUAAGUGAAUUCUAGCAGAUUUGGUGGAUAUUAAAUAUUGAAAUUUUUCAGCUGGAGGUGGUCGCAAGGGAGGAAAAUCAGGAUCAUUCAUGACUGUCUCAAUGAUGUACAGAGAAUCGUUGAACAAGUUGAUGACUAUGCUUCACAAGACCCAUCCACAUUUCAUUCGUUGUAUUAUUCCAAAUGAAAAGAAACAAUGUGGAGUUAUUGAUGCUGCAUUGGUUCUCAAUCAAUUGACAUGUAAUGGUGUACUUGAAGGUAUCCGUAUUUGUCGUAAGGGAUUCCCUAACAGAACUCUUCACCCUGAUUUCGUUCAACGUUAUGCUAUUCUUGCGGCCAAAGAAGCCAAAUCUUCAACUGAUCCAAAAACAUCAGCUGGAGCUAUUCUUCAAUCUCUUGUCAACAGAAAGAAGUUGAAUGAUGAACAAUUCAGAAUUGGUCACACUAAAGUGUUCUUCAAAGCCGGAGUUGUUGCCCAUAUUGAAGAUUUGCGUGAUGAGAAACUCAACCAAAUCAUCACUGGAUUCCAAUCAGCAAUCAGAUGGCACAUCGCCGCUGUUGAUGCUGAAGCUAGAAAGAAACAACUUCAUUCAUACAUAAUUCUUCAACGCAACAUCCGUUCAUGGUGUGUUCUUCGUACCUGGGAUUGGUUCUUGUUGUUCGGUAAAAUCCGUCCACAACUCAAAUGUGGAAAGAUGGCUGAAGAAAUGGCUAAAAUGGCCGAAGAACAAAAGGGAUUGGAAUCUGAAGCCAAGAAAUUGGAAGCUGAACGAAAAGCUCAAGAAGAAGCAUACAAUAAAUUGUCUUCUGAAAGAUCAAAAUUGUUGGAACAAUUGGAACUUACUCAAGGAGGAUCAGCUGCUAUUGAAGAGAAACUUACUCGUUUGAAUAAUGCUCGUCAAGAAGUUGAGAAAGGAUUGAAUGAUACCAAUGAUCGUUUGUCCGAACACGAAGAAAGAAAUGCCGAUUUGGAAAAACAACGCAGAAAGGCUCAACAAGAAGUUGAAAAUCUCAAAAAAUCAAUUGAAGCUGUUGAUGGAAACUUGAACAGAUCAUUGGAAGAGAAAGCUGCCAAAGAAAACCAAAUUCGCUCUCUUCAAGAUGAGAUGAAUUCUCAAGAUGAAACCAUCGGAAAAAUCAACAAGGUAAUUUAUUAUAUUAAAAUUUAAAAUCAAACUCAUUUUAAUUUUAUAGGAGAAGAAAUUGUUGGAAGAAAACAACCGUCAACUCAUCGAUGAUUUGCAAGCUGAAGAAGCCAAACAAGCUCAAGCUAAUCGUCUUCGUACCAAAUUGGAACAAACUCUCGAUGAAAUGGAAGAAGCUGUUGAAAGAGAGAAGAGAAUCCGAGCUGAAACUGAAAAAGCCAAGAGAAAGGUUGAAGGAGAAUUGAAGGGAGCUCAAGAAACAAUCGAUGAGCUCACUGCCAUCAAACAAGAUGCUGAUGGUUCGUUGAAGAAGAAAGAAGCUGACAUUCAUGCAUUGGGUGUUAGAAUCGAAGAUGAACAAGCAUUGGCUAACCGACUUCUUAGAAGCUCGAAAGAAAAUGCUCAAAGAAUCAUCGAAAUCGAAGAUGAAUUGGAACAUGAACGCCAAUCAAGAUCUAAGGCUGAUCGUGCUCGUGCUGAACUUCAAAGAGAACUCGAUGAACUCAACGAAAGACUUGAUGAACAAAACAAGAAUCUCGAAUUGCAAUUGGAAAACAACAAGAAGAAAGAUUCUGAAAUCAUCAAGUCAAGACGCGAUUUGGAUGAGAAGAACAUGGCCAAUGAAGAUCAAAUGGCUUUGAUCCGUAGAAAGAACAAUGAUCAAAUUGCUGAUCUCACAAACACUUUGGAUGCUCUUCAAAAGAACAAGGCUAAAGUUGACAAAGAACGUGGACUUCUCCAAAAAGAACUCGAUGACAUCAAUGCUCAAGUUGAUCAAGAAACCAAAGCUCGUGUUGAACAAGAACGUCUUGCUAAACAAUACGAAAUCCAAGUAUCUGAACUUCAACAAAAAGUUGACGAACAAUCCCGUCAAAUCGCCGAAUUCUCGUCAACCAAAGGACGUCUUUCCAACGACAAUUCUGAUCUUGUCAGACAAGUUGAAGAACUCGAAAUUCAUCUCGCUACCAUCAAUCGUGCCAAGACCGCUUUCGCCUCUCAAUUGGUUGAAGCCAAAAAGGCCGCCGAAGAUGAACUCCACGAGCGUCAAGAAUUCCAUGCCGCUUGCAAAAACUUGGAACACGAACUCGAUCAAUGCCACGAGUUGCUCGAAGAACAAAUCAACGGAAAAGACGAUAUCCAAAGACAACUUUCGCGUAUCAAUUCUGAAAUCUCUCAAUGGAAAGCCAGAUACGAAGGAGAAGGAUUGGUAGGAUCAGAAGAAUUGGAAGAAUUGAAGAGAAAACAAAUGAACAGAGUUAUGGACUUGCAAGAAGCUUUGUCCGCUGCUCAAAACAAGGUCAUCUCUUUGGAAAAAUCCAAAGGAAAGUUGCUCGCUGAAACUGAAGAUGCUCGAUCUGAUGUUGAUCGUCAUCUUACUGUUAUCGCUUCCCUUGAAAAGAAACAACGUGCAUUCGACAAAAUUGUUGAUGAUUGGAAGAGAAAGGUUGACGAUAUCCAAAAGGUUGGUUCACAUAUAGAAAGCAUCAUUAAAACUUACUUUUUUUUAGGAAAUCGACGCAACAACCAGAGAUAGUCGCAAUACCUCAACUGAAGUUUUCAAACUUCGUUCAUCCAUGGACAACUUGUCUGAACAAAUUGAAACCUUGAGACGUGAAAACAAAGGAUAUUCUCAAGAAAUCAGAGAUAUCAAUGAACAAAUCGGACAAGGUGGACGUACUUAUCAAGACAUCCAUAAGGCUGUUCGUCGUCUCGAACAAGAAAAGGAUGAACUCCAACACGCUUUGGAUGAGGCUGAAGCUGCUUUAGAAGCCGAAGAAAGCAAAGUUCUUCGUCUCCAAAUCGAAGUUCAACAAAUCCGCUCUGAAAUCGAGAAGAGAAUCCAAGAGAAAGAAGAAGAAUUCGAAAACACCAGAAAGAAUCACCAACGCGCUUUGGAAUCAAUUCAAGCUUCAUUGGAAACCGAAGCUAAGAGCAAGGCUGAACUCGCCCGUGCCAAGAAAAAGCUCGAAACUGACAUCAACCAAUUGGAAAUCGCUUUGGAUCAUGCCAACAAGGCCAAUGUUGAUGCUCAAAAGAACUUGAAGAAAUUGUUCGAUCAAGUCAAGGAAUUGCAAGGAGUUGUUGAUGACGAACAAAGAAGACGUGAAGAAAUUCGUGAGAAUUAUUUGGCUGCUGAAAAACGAUUGGCUGUUGCUCUCUCUGAAUCGGAAGAUCUUGCUCAUCGCAUUGAUGCAUCAGAGAAAAACAAGAAACAAUUGGAAAUUGAACAAGCUGAACUCAAAUCUGCCAACACUGAACUCAUUGGAAACAAUGCUGCUUUGUCGGCAAUGAAGAGAAAGGUUGAAAAUGAAGUUCAAAUCGCAAGAGUAUGUUUUUUGGUGUAGCUUUGAUAUAAGAAAAAAAACAAAUGAUUUCAGAAUGAAUUGGAAGAAUACUUGAAUGAGUUGAAGGCAUCUGAAGAACGCGCCAGAAAAGCUGCUGCUGAUGCUGAUAGACUUGCUGAAGAAGUUCGUCAAGAACAAGAACAUGCCACACACGUUGAUAGACAACGCAAGGCUCUCGAAUUAACAUCGAAAGAAUUGCAAGCUAAGAUCGACGAUGCCGAACGUGCCAUGAUCCAAUGUAAGUUCAAAUUUUCAAAAUUAUUACAUUGAAAUCAAAUGAAUUUUUAGUCGGAGCCAAGGCAUUGGCAAAGGUUGAAGAACGCGUCCGAAUCCUUGAACACGAGUUACAAUCAGAAACCCGUAGACACCAAGAAGCCGUCAAAGGAUUCACCAAACAAGAAAGAAGAGGACGUGAACUUCAAUUCCAAGUGGAAGAAGACAAGAAGGCUUUCGACAGACUCCAAGAAAUGGUCGAAAAACUUCAACAAAAAAUCCGUGUCCAAAAGAGACAAAUCGAAGAAGCCGUUAGUUUUUUUAUAUUCCAAUAUUUGUGAUUUCAAACAUUUAUUUAUUUUAGGAAGAGGUUGCCACACAAAAUCUGUCCAAAUUCCGACAGAUUCAACUCGCUCUCGAGAAUGCCGAAGAGCGCGCCGAGGUUGCUGAGAAUUCACUCGUUCGCAUGCGUGGACAAGUUGUUAGAUCAGCUACCGCCAAAUAA